GCCGAGCAUUUGUUACACGGAGUGACUCCCAAGCAACAAAGGCUUGUGAGAGAGAGGCGAGCGACGGACGAGACUCCAGUUCUGUGUUCACCCAGAAUGAUCAAAGGAAUCGAGGGGUUGCUGCUCUGUCUUAAAGUUUGGGGCGUCCUUAUUCAGCUUCCACAGAUCGCGACAGGUCUCGGUGUGAACGAGUUUCUGUAUUUCAGAGUUCUCAGCCCCAAGGACAUCGGCUACAUCUUCACUGCGGCUCCCGCUCAAGAUUUCGGGGGGGUCUUUACCCGGCUGUAUGAGGAGAUCUACCUGGUGCUGGCCGAGCCUCCCGAUGGCUGUACUGAUCUGAGGAACGCGGCGCUCCUUGAGGGGCAGAUCACAUUGCUGGAAAGAGGAGGGUGCUCUUUCCUCUCUAAGGCUCGCCGGGUGGAGGAAGCGGGUGGCAAGGCGGUCCUCAUCGCUGACAAUGCAUAUGAUAAUGACAGCCUCUACGUGGAGAUGGUGCAGGACGGCACUGCAGUCUCCACCAGCAUCCCAGCUCUGUUCCUGCUGGGAAGAGACGGGUGAGAGAGACUGGGAGAGAGAGGCACGUGAGCGAGAGACUGGGAGAUAGAGACUGGGAGAGAGAGGCACGUGUG